CGGACCUCUGUACGGCUGUACCGCCGCAUCGACAACUGCAGGUCAGGCAGAGUUGCCCUGCCAAAAGACUGGAGCAGCAGUUAUAUGCUGGUAGAAUAACGACGGUCGUCCAGUGGAAUAGCGAAGGUUUACCCCAGAUUAUAGUGUCGCGUCACAGCAUUGGAGGUACACAGGGCCGGCCCACUUCUUGCUGCCUGUCAACUUGACAUCGGCAUCUGCUCGCCAAAAGUCCUGAACCACAACACAACAACCACAGACAGCCACAAUGAGCAAACGAUACGCAUUUAUCCCUAUGGACGACGACGGUGCCGAGAUAGGGCCACAAAAAGUCGAAAAGAAGAAAAGCAAGCAUCGCAAUCGAGACCAUGGCAACGACCGCGAACGAGAUCGGGGAAAGCGCUCCAAACCCACACGAGAGAGUCGCAGUCGCAGCCGCUCUCCAAGAAGAGAGCCACGACAUAGCAAGACAAUCCCAGUCAGGCGCCGUCGGAGAAGCGACGACUUUGGCGACAGGUGGGGUGACGAAGAGCCACCUUCGGAGGGCGCGGCUGACGAGGAACCCGAAUUUCAGGAAUCAGCAUCGAAACGAGUGAAGCUGAGCCAUGACGACGCCGAGAAUAUCGAGGACGGUGAUAUUUCCGACUCUACCCGUGACAAGCGCGAGGCUGAAGCCUUUGCCAAGCGGCUGAAAGCACGAGACGACGAGAGAUCGAAGAAGACCGAUGCGAAGUCUUCGGGCAAUACCGAGCGGCGCCGUGAAGAGGACCCUGCGGCCUUAUCAGGCCUCCGCGAGAAGUCCCGUCAGGAAUACCUCAAGAAGCGAGAAACGGAAAAGCUCGUCUUGUUGCGCCAGCAGGUUGCUGAGGAGUCUCGCGAACUGCAGACCAACCCAAGGCUGUCCAAGAAGGAGAAGGCCGAAUUUGCCAAGAACCGAGAGAUCCUCCAGCUGGCCGAGGAAAGGCUGCGCAUCGACGACCACCGAGAUGGAUACUACAUGCCCGAGGAUUACAUCACAGAGAAGGGCAAGAUCGACAAGAAGAAAAAGGAGGAUGCUCUGUACAAACGAUACGUCGAAAAGGACGAGUACGGCCGGGAGAAAUUCGUCACGGAACACGAAGAAUGGGAGCGUGAACAGGCGCAGAAGGCCAAAUCCCAAAUUAACAGAGCCGAACGUGAGUAUGAAGGCGACUAUGCCCUGGUCGUGGACGAGGAGCAGUACAUCAACUGGACCCUGGAUUCGACGAUGCCGGGCGAGGACAGGCAGCUGACCGCGGAGCAACGGUUCCUGGAAGCCCAGAUCGAUGCAGCCGAGAAGAAGGCUCUUUCGAUACAAGAAGUUCGAAAGAGCUUGCCAGUAUACACCUAUCGAGACGAGUUCAUGGCAGCCAUCGAGGAAUACCAAAUUCUUGUCGUCGUAGGUGAGACUGGUAGUGGUAAAACGACUCAACUGCCACAGUUCAUGCAUGAAGCCGGCUAUACCAAAGAUGGCCGGAAAGUUGGCUGUACGCAGCCUCGCCGGGUCGCUGCCAUGAGUGUUGCUGCUCGCGUUGCUGAGGAAAUGGGAGUCAAAGUCGGUAACGAGGUCGGUUACUCGAUCCGUUUUGAGGACAAUACUAGCGACAAGACCAUUUUAAAGUACAUGACGGACGGUAUGUUGCUCCGAGAGUUCAUGACCGAUCCCGAGUUAGAUGGCUACUCUGCCCUGAUGAUCGACGAGGCCCACGAGCGUACUGUUCACACAGACAUCCUCUUGGCUUUGAUCAAGGACUUGUCGCGAGCCCGGCCAGAUUUGAAAAUCCUCAUUUCCUCGGCCACUAUGAACGCUGAAAAGUUCGCCAAGUAUUUUGACGAUGCUCCGGUCUUCAACAUCCCCGGCCGCAAGUAUAAGGUCGACAUCUACUACACCCCGGCCCCUGAGGCGAAUUAUCUGGCCGCUGCCAUCACUACCAUUUUCCAGAUUCACACCACUCAGGGCAAGGGCGAUAUCCUCGUGUUCCUAACUGGACAAGACGAGAUCGAGGCCGCAGAACUGGAAAUCACCGAGACUGCUCGGAAGCUCGGCAGCCGGGUAAAGGAGCUUAUGGUUUGCCCCAUCUAUGCGAAUCUGCCAUCCGAUCUGCAAUCCAAAAUCUUCGAACCAACUCCGGCGGGGGCUCGAAAAGUCGUCCUGGCCACAAACAUCGCUGAGACAAGUUUGACCAUCGACGGCAUUGUUUACGUUAUCGACCCCGGCUAUGUGAAGGAGAACGUCUUCAACCCAACCACUGGCAUGUCGAAUCUUGUCGUUGUGCCUUGCUCCCGAGCGUCCGCGAACCAGCGGAGUGGACGAGCUGGUCGUGUCGGGCCAGGAAAGUGCUUCCGACUCUAUACCAGGUACGCUUACAUGAACGAAAUGGACGAGUCGACGACCCCUGAGAUCCAGCGCACCAAUCUCAACAGUAUUGUGCUGUUGCUGAAAUCCCUCGGUAUCAACCAGUUGCUCGACUUCGAGUUCAUGGAUCCGCCGCCCACGGACUCACUGAUCGGUGCCCUGAACCAGCUAUUCGCUCUCCAAGCUCUGAAUCACAAGGGCGAACUGACGAAAGUAGGCAGGCAGAUGGCGGAAUUCCCUACUGAGCCCAUGCUUGCCAAGGCUGUGCUUGCCGCAGACAAGUUUGGUUGCGUGGACGAGGUGCUGUCCAUCGUCUCGAUGCUGGGCGAGGCUUCCGCGCUCUUCUUCCGGCCAAAGGACAAGAAGAUCCAUGCAGACAGCGCCCGAAAUCGAUUCACGAUCAAGGAAGGUGGUGACCACCUGUCGCUCCUGAACAUCUGGAACCAAUGGGUCGAUAGCGACUUCUCGCCUGUCUGGGCACGAGAGAACUUCCUACAACAAAGGUCCCUUACGCGAGCCCGAGAUGUUCGAGACCAAUUGGCUAAGCUGUGUGAACGUGUGGAGGUUGCUCCUUCCACUUGCGGAGCUACCAACAUCGACCUGAUCAAGAAGGCGCUAACGGCUGGGUUCUUCCCCAACGCGGCGCGUCUGCAGAGGAGCGGCGACUCGUACCGUACGGUCAAAAACAAUACUACGGUGUACAUCCAUCCUAGCUCCGUCCUUAUGGGGUCCGACCCGCCGGAUAAGAUGGUUGUUUACUUUGAACUGGUACAAACUACGAAGGAAUACAUGCGGUCGGUCUUUCCGAUUAAGCCCCAGUGGUUGAACGAGGUCGCGCCUCACUUCCAUAAAAAGAAGGACAUUGAAGAGGAGCGGAAGAUGCCGAAGCAACAGCGGUAGGUGCGCCCCCGUAUGAUAGAGGGGAAGGAACAAUCGAUAGGGAUAGAAAGGUGGUCGCGAUCGGUGCGUAGGAGCACGCAGUUGGUAAAUUUUUCUGCUACAUGAUCAUAACGGAAUAAACAGUUCAAUCCA